UAACAGCCGACAUGACGCCAACAAUUCCAUUCUCAGCGGUCGUUUUACUUCUCCGGCGUCCAGAACUCGUCGACUGGACUCGCGAUGGGCGGGGCGCAAACAGAACAGAGACACGCCCCCUCGAAAGUUCUCCGAGUUUCUGAGCCCAAAGCUUCAGCCGAGUCCGAGCCAGUGUCCUGUCAGCCGUUGUUUUUAAACAGAGAAACAGAGCUAAUGCCGCCUUCAUUGGAUAAGAAUUUGGCGGAAUGUGGUGGCAGGUGCGGGGCUCAGGACUUCUGCAGCCGCCCACGACUCGUCUCAUCCGCUGGGUUCGCCGUCUUUCACGGGGGCUUUUUCUUCCCUUUUUAACGGGAUUCUCCUUUUUGUUCGCUAGUGAAAGGGAGGAAGGCGGAAACUCACGAGUACAUGCAGUAAUGAAAAGAAGGGACUGGUUAUGCUGGUUUCUUCAUAAAGGAAAUAAAAAUGAAAUUCAAUGCAGAGCAAAGAAGAGAACAGGAGAAAGCCAACGCGGGGUGUCUCUGUUUCUGGAGACUCUCGUCUUCUUAAGCUUUUCAACAUGCUGAAUGAUUUUUCUGGUUUCCAGUGCCAACCUUUGCAAACCAUGGGCAGCUCCGCUACAGUCGAUGGGUUGUAAUCCACAGAUUUGGGGCAUCAUCCGUACACUAUUACCUGGGCACCCGUGGCCAGUUUUCGCUGAAUCGAUGUGCAAAUCGACUAUUCGUCUUGUUUGGACAGCCUCGGCUCUCAAGAGUGUGAGAGAUGGACAGCGAUGCGACCCCCAGCAUUGCAUCUGUGUGCCCACCUUUAGGUUUUGUAUGAAGAAAAAAAUCUUUAAGAGUGGAAUGGAGGGGAGGCUUGGAGAUUAAAAGGAAGAUGAGUGGCAUCUGUUUUGUAUUAAGCCGCAGAGUGUGCGCCGAGACUCAGGAGAAGUUUUAGAGCCUCUCUGGCAUCUCCGUUUUUUUUCCUUCUGACGAGUGGCGUCAGUGUCUCCAAAAGAAAUCAGCACCACAAAAAUGCAGGCCUGAAGAGCGAGUGGAUUGGACUGUGGAUGGACUCUGAACUUCUGUCUAAACCUGUGAACUUCAAACUAUGGGAUUUCAGGAAAGGCCACUGUUGUUUUUUGUUUUCUGAGUAUAAGGAGGGGGGCCUUUAUUUCAGAUGGAUUUUUUUUCAGUUUAUAGACAUUUCAACCCAGAAAUUCCCUGCAGAAUUUUGAAGAUGGAAUUUUGUUUCUUCAAUUAAAGCUGUUGCAGACCUUUAUUUAAUAUUAAGCAGAAUGAAGGUCACCGCUAAAAGAAAAGUAUGCUAAUUUUAUUUUUGGAAGACUUUUUUUCACAUUUUUUUGGUGGCUAACCAGUUGUCCCAAGAGGUUCCUUCAACAGCUUUUACAGAAUAUGACAAGAACUGACCUCUACAGUGCUAAAGGUAAAGCAAACGAUUCCUAGGAGGAUGGACUUACAUGACAAAUCUUCCUUGUCUUCUUUGAUGAUCACCACAGCCCAGCCUUUUCGCAGGGCUGGUAGAGCAUCAGACACCUCCUGCAUGGUAUCGUUUGACAGUGCUGUCCACGCGGAUUCCGAAGACAACAAAAAAGGCAAAAUUACUCAGUUCUCCAUCCGGUCUGCCGGCACUAUGAAACGCUUUCCUGAGGUCACCUCCUCUUUACGCAGAUUCAGCUUACAGGAAAGGAGGAAUAUAUUUGAGCAGGGUUGUGAUGGUACUGUCAAGCCUCCAACUUGGAAAAGUGGCAGCAGAGAUGGAAGUAAUAGUAAUGAUUGCAGGCAUAGUGAUGCCACAUGGAGCAAGGAAAGGCUGAAACAUUUGGGCAAACCUGUGCCGCCACCAAUACCACCCAAGCCCACGGCAGACAGGGUUGAUGAAGUAAAGAAAAGGAUGCAGUCUGAGUCUGCCUUUAGUGCUCUUAGGACAUUUGAAUGUGCCAACUCUGUCAGGUAUAAGGACCAUGAGUGUGUCCAAAAGGAAUGUGACUUCUGUCUAAGAAAAGAAUCUAAAAGUGACCUCAGGGAUGGCACUGAGCAAAACAAAUUAAAGGCUUUAGCUGUUAAUGAGGAUGCAGAGGCCAUAUGCUAUAAUUAUACUUUGAAUCCACAGAGAGACAGCCAGAAGCUGGCAUUUAAACCCAGCACAGAUAUGGAGACAGACACCAACAUUUCAUCACAGGAGUUCAUAAACACCCCUCCAGGAGAAGCUACUGCUCUUCAGUACAAGCCCUUCAUGAGUGAGGCCAUGGACCGCAGCAGCCAUACUGGGAGUUUCUCAAGGAGGAAUGAGUGGAAAUCUAUAGACAAUGGAAAUGCAUUUUCAAAACAACCAAGGUGCACAUCUUCCCAAGAUCAAGCCGGCCACUCUCAUCCACCAGUGGUGUCAGAAGUAACUGGGACUUCAGGCAGCCUGUUGUUACUAAGCAGCCAACAACACAAUAGAAGCCAAUCUUUGAAGAAGGAUGGAUCAAAUGAAAGCAGCUUGAGCCAGCAAAAAGCAUGGCAGCAAAAGUCUGCCCUGUCAAGAGAAGAGACUGAGCAAGGCUGGACCAGGAAGCAAUAUGGGAAAUGCCCCAAAAGCCUAAUCCAAAGUCUUGCUGCAAACUAUGGCAGACACCAUGAUGCUGUAAAUGCAGCUGGGGGUGUAGAGACACCUUUUACAGUCAAAGUCAAAGAGCGUUUAUCAAGUCUGAGAAAGGAUGGCCUCCAUGACAGAAUCCAGAUGAAGUCAGGAGAUGUUUACACAGUAAAUCCAGGAUGCCAAACAGAGAUGCCCAGGUCAGGAUCUGCCCUGCUAACUCAUUGUUCAGCCUUUGAACAGGAGCUGCUAAGUGCAGUACCAUCCGUGAGAAGCAGAAUUCAUUCCUUUGAAAUGCUAGGCAAUGGGAAGGAGAAUUUUAGAAAGUCAGAUUCUGUAUUACAAAGACCAGCCUCCUCACGCAUUUUUAGUGCUCCGUCCUCUUGUAUUUAUCCAGCUUCUAAAGGGCUUCAAAGACAUGAGUGGCCAAACACAUCUCGGUCCUGCCCUGCGGAAAAUAAACAAAUCAACCAGGACACCUGUGGCAGGACAUCGCCAAGUGUUCCAAAGAGUCCUGGUUUGAUGGGAGAUGAAUGGCGAAUGGAUUGCAAUAGGGCGACAGCCAAAGACUCAAGUGAAAACAUAUUCAGACGACGAGAGGUUCAAAGCAAUGCAGUUUACCAAGAAAAUAGCAGCCUUCACCCUCAUUUAGAAGCAAAUAGCAGGAAUGUAGAAAAACCAUGCGAUUUAAAAGACAUAGGAGAUGUUGCUCGGGAAGACCCUUUGAAGAAAACAACAUUGAUAGGUGACUGGCUCUGUCUUCCACCAGGUGCGCUUCAUCUGACCAAUUCACGGCUUGAGGUGGUUUCUGAUUUGACAACCACUGAGCAGGAAAGCGUACCAGCAGAGUCCACCGAAUAUCUGGACUGCGCUUCCUCCAAUAAGCUGAAAAACAAUAACGAGGAAUUUGCUGUCCACCCAGCUGCUAGUCCGCCCCAUGGCAGGGCACCCUCUUCCAACAUUUCACCACUUUGUUCCUCAUCCCCAGUGGCGUACAGCCAGGUCAAUGGAAAGAGAGGAAUUGACAAUCCUUUGUGUCCCCUUGAAACACAUCCAUCUCUACCGUCAAAACUGGGUGAGAACAGUUCAUCUGAUGAAGAGGAUUCUGAUUCAGUACUGACCUCCCUGAGUGACUUCAGUCAGACUGAUACCAGAAGCUUCUCCUUAAGCCUGGCUGAGCUGCGUGAGUUUGGACUGGAUUUAUGCCACCCUGAUGAUCCCAAAGCAGCUCAGGGCAACCUGAUGGAUGGCACCGCUUCCCUUGGCUCCAAUAUGUCCGUCUUAUCCUUUGUUUCCCUUAUCCCUUCGGAGGAUCUCGACAGGAUGAUUGAAGAUGUGCAGGGAGUGAGGGAGGAUGUGCUGCAGAACUAUGAAGACAUUCACGUUGUUGUUUUGCAUAAAGAGGAUGGGGUUGGCCUGGGAUUCAGCAUUGCUGGUGGCGCCGACCAAAGCAGACCGGUCACGGUUCACAAGGUUUUCCCCAAUGGACUGGCAGCCCAGGAAGGGACAAUUCAACAUGGUGAUAAAGUACUGUCAGUUAAUGGCUAUUCACUUAAGGGCUGUACACACAGUGAGGCACUACGAAUUCUGCGCAAGUCCCGUAUGCUUGCCCAGGCAAUCAUUGUGCUGCAGAAACAGGGCCCGGUUGAGCCAAAUGAUGUGCAGACACUUAAUGUGGACCAAAAUGUUGUGAAGAGCUCCAUAAAGCUUAAAUGUGAACAAGAAGAGCCAUCAGAAGAGCUGGUCACUGUGGAAAUCGCCAAGAGGUCAUCUGGGCUGGGCUUCAGUCUGGAAGGGGGCAAGCAGUCGAGCCAGGGUGAUCGACCUCUCACAGUCAAGAAGGUUUUCUUGGGUGGUCCUGUAGACUUGGUCCAACCUGGAGAUGAAAUCCUAGAGAUUCAUGGCCAGAGCAUGCAGGGACUCAUGCGCUUGGAAGCAUGGCAGUUUAUUAAAUCUCUGCCUGAAGCCCCAGUGAAGGUUGUGUUGAAAAAGAAAUCCAAAACCUGACUAAGUUUGGAGGGUCAGAAGUCAAAUUUUGAAAAAAGCACAAACUGCUGACCUACAGCGUUCACAACAAAGUUCUGGCCGUCUAAAGAGAUGCUUGGGGUGCACAGUCAGUAUUUCCUUAGUUCAGUCAAGUAUGUCUGAAUUUCCUUACAUUUCAAGAUGUCACAGAAACGGACUUGUUAUUAAAAGGAGUUUGAACAACAUUAGUCUGUGCAUCAUCUGACCCAGUAUGGUGGACUCAUCUUCACAAUGACUGCAUGAGUGAUGUUUAUUAAGCCAAAGUUAAACAACAUGGACAGCUGAAAGUGUCAGAAAAUGCCUGCCAAUAUCCUAUUUGGUACCAUAUUUAUAUACUAAGCAUAAAGGCCUGUUAUCUUAGACUUCACCAAAGGGAACAAAUGACAAACUGGAACUGUGCUGCACUCAAAACAAACAAGUACCAGAAGAAUUGUUUCUACCCUGUGCUCAGUUCUACUCAGUGCUCGAACUAUGAAUGAAGUCUACCAGCCAGGGGUGACUGCAUCUGAUCAAUGCAAACCUUCAUUAAAACUUGAAGUGCAUUUCGGAUGCUGCAUGACAAUUAUUAUGUGAAAAAAUAGGUUUCAUUACUGUUGUUAUUAGAUAGCUUAAGGAAGUCACUUGAUGCCUCAUUUUGACCACAUGUGUCCCAGAUAGCCUCAGCUCCCAUAAAUCCAAUCACUCGAAUGUUCAUGCACGUUGUUAUCAAGAGCAUCUAUUCCUAUUUUUAAUGAAUCAAAAUGUAGUGGGCUUCCAAGUGGUGCAGAGCAAACUUAUCAGAUAUGUCAAUACCUUAUCUAGCUUCCGCACACUCAUGGGGAGUUAAGAGGUACUGUAUUGUGUUUUUUUUUUUUUGUGAUCUAUAUUUUUUUUUCCUUUGUGUUUCCAUUACUUGUUUAAAAAAUGGCCCCACCUUGCCAUGUGUUCAGUACUGAUCUGCUUUCAAUAUAAAUAAUGCAUUUCAUCUUGAAAUAAUUUGUCCUCCUCGCCUGAAUCUAAUUUUGGCAGCUUAUCUCAGCAGUGAAUCCAGCAGAGAAACAAAUUCACCUUAGAAUACUGAACUACAAUAAAACUUCACAGAAAGGACCUCUUGAGUUUAAGGCUUUGCAAUACUUUUUUUUUUCAACAGGCCUUUUAUAAGUUACUGUUGCCACAGGUUGUUUUUACUGAAGGAAAACAUGGUGGUGCAGAGGUUAGCUUUGCAGCUUCAUGGUUAUUUUACCCAAUGCUUGAACCCUGUAUUGUAUUUAGCGUGUGGAAUUUGCAGAUUUCCCCUGUGUCUAUAAAGUGGCCCCAGUGUUAGUAUGUCUGUUUGUGUGUGCCCUGUGAGGAAUGGGUCCAUUAUCCAAGAAGGGUUAGUGCCGUGCUGCCAAGAUAGGCUUCUAUUUUCUGCAUUAUUUUUACUAUACAAGCUUAUACUCUCAAAUAACUGUAACUGAUAAAUUAAUGUUAUGAACCAAAUAUACAGAUAUAUGAAUGUUAAUAUCUUUAUUUAUUAAUCUGGCACAAAAUUACAAUUUGCUAAAAGAACCAAUGGCAACAAGUGAAACUAAUUUUUCAAAGCUGAACAAAAGCAAUUUGACUACUUUGUAGAGGCGAGCUCCAGGCAGUUCCUCCAUGUACACCUCGGCCUUGGUUUUACCACAGAUUCUGCACCUGCAUCCACAUUCAUAAUGUUACCUAAAAUGCAGAAUUUUCUUACUUCUUCCAAACUAACCCCAUCUCUAUUAUCCAAGCUUAUGCUUGCCCAGUGCAGCUCUCAGACACUUUUGUGUUUUUGACACUUGCAUUCUACCCACUACCCCCUUUUACAGUUUCCCUUCCAGUUACUCACACACAGAAUGCAAACCACGUACCACACAGGUCAUGUUACCGAUAUCAACCAUACCUUCUCUUCC